UCUUGGUAGAUGUCCUCCAUUCAGUCCUUCGUCUUCCCCCUCUGGUUUCUAUAUAAAUAAAUCAACUUCGCUGCUCUUUCACCCUCAUUCUCUCUCUUCUCCCCGUUGUCCACGAGGCGGAUUUCUUCUCCCGUUUCUCAAGGUGUAUCUGAAGCCUAAACACCAUGGCUUCCGGACAACUGUUCUCUCGGUCUACACAAGCACUAUUCUAUAACUACAAACAGUUACCAAUUCAGAGGAUGCUUGAUUUUGACUUUCUAUGCGGGAGAGAAACACCUUCAGUUGCUGGAAUCAUAAAUCCUGGUUCAGAAGGUUUUCAGAAGCUUUUCUUUGGCCAGGAGGAAAUUGCAAUUCCAGUACAUUCAAGUAUUGAGGCUGCUUCUGCUGCACAUCCUACUGCCGACGUUUUCAUUAACUUUGCAUCAUUUAGAAGUGCUGCUGCUUCAUCCAUGUCGGCUCUCAAACAACCAACCAUUAGAGUUGUGGCUAUAAUAGCUGAAGGGGUUCCUGAAUCAGACACCAAACAAUUGAUUGCUUUUGCAAAGGCAAAUAAUAAGGUUGUUGUUGGCCCAGCCACUGUUGGAGGUAUCCAAGCUGGAGCAUUUAAGAUUGGUGACACUGCUGGAACGAUUGACAACAUUAUCCAAUGCAAGCUAUACAGGCCUGGAUCUGUUGGUUUUGUCUCCAAAUCGGGUGGUAUGUCUAAUGAAUUGUAUAACACAAUUGCUCGUGUAACCGAUGGACUAUAUGAAGGUAUUGCAAUUGGAGGAGAUGUCUUCCCAGGCUCUACACUGUCUGACCAUGUUCUGAGGUUCAAUAACAUCCCACAGAUUAAAAUGGUGGUUGUUCUUGGGGAACUUGGUGGACGCGAUGAAUAUUCCCUAGUUGAGGCACUCAAACAAGGCAAGAUCAACAAACCAGUGGUUGCUUGGGUUAGUGGAACCUGUGCCCGGCUCUUCAAGUCAGAAGUCCAGUUUGGUCAUGCGGGGGCUAAGAGUGGUGGUGAAAUGGAGUCUGCUCAAGCAAAGAAUCAAGCACUUAGGGAUGCUGGAGCUGUUGUCCCCACUUCCUUUGAAGCAUUUGAAGCUUCGAUUAAGGAAACAUUUGAGAAGCUUGCAGAGGAAGGCAAGAUUUCUCCUCUGAAGGAAAUAACGCCUCCACAAAUCCCCGAGGAUUUGAGCACUGCCAUAAAGAGUGGAAAAGUCAGAGCUCCAACUCACAUUAUCUCUACCAUAUCUGAUGAUAGAGGUGAAGAGCCGUGCUAUGCAGGAGUUCCCAUGUCCUCAAUUGUUGAACAAGGUCUUGGCGUGGGUGAUGUUAUCUCAUUAUUGUGGUUCAAACGUAGUCUCCCCCGUUACUGUACAAAGUUUAUUGAGAUUUGCAUUAUGUUAUGUGCGGAUCAUGGUCCAUGCGUGUCGGGUGCUCACAACACUAUAGUUACUGCAAGGGCCGGAAAAGAUCUUGUUUCCAGUCUCGUGUCAGGUUUACUAACAAUCGGUCCCCGAUUUGGUGGUGCCAUUGAUGAUGCCGCAAGAUAUUUCAAGGAUGCUUAUGACAGGGGUCUCACACCUUACGAGUUUGUAGAAAGCAUGAAAAAGAAGGGCAUCCGAGUUCCUGGGAUUGGACACCGGAUCAAGAGAGGUGACAACAGAGAUAAGAGAGUUGAACUGCUUCAACUUUUCGCUCGUACGAAUUUCCCUUCUGUGAAAUACAUGGAAUACGCUGUUGAAGUAGAAACGUAUACACUUUCAAAGGCGAACAAUCUUGUUAUGAAUGUUGACGGUGCUAUCGGUUCUCUGUUCUUGGAUCUACUUGCGGGGAGUGGUAUGUUCACUAAACAAGAGAUUGACGAGAUUAUUGGAAUCGGUUAUCUUAAUGGUCUAUUCGUCUUGGCUCGUUCCAUCGGUCUCAUCGGGCAUACUUUUGAUCAGAAGAGAUUGAAACAGCCAUUAUACCGUCACCCAUGGGAGGAUGUUCUUUACACAAAGUGAAAAUUCUCGAGAGAGUUUGUUUGUUUGUUUCUAUUCUCAAUUGUUGUGCUAUCUAUUUUCAUAUGUUGUGCCCUUUUGGAUAUUCUUAAAUCCUUAAUCUUAGUAUUUUAUUUUUUUUUAUGGCUAGAAAUGAAAAUUGGUUUCCUUAAUAGUUCA